GCCAGGAGGGUUCAUACAUUCUCGUGGUUUUGAGAUCCUAUGGGGCACACGCCACCCCAGCUGUCUGGAAAUGGUGAUGCCGGCAUGAUCCAGGGCCACGGCGUGCCAUUGCCACUCUAGGAGCGGUGCCUACCAUGGUCUACAAGGAACAGCAGCACGACAGGAGUGGGGUAUGUGAGGUCAUCAAAGGAAAGGUCUACUUCGCGGCGCUGCAGAGGCCCGACGACCUCAAAGGCUCGUGGCUCCCUCGCCCCGCACUGUGUUUCAGCGUCGACAAUGAACUGAUUUAUGAGCCGUUCUUCCAGGACUUUGGGCCCCUCAACAUGGCAUGCACCUACAGGUUCUGCUGGAAGCUUCACGGCUUGCUUCAGGAUGCUGGGGCACACGGGAGGUGUGUAUGCUUCUGCACCAGCAUUGAAACCAAGACCAAGUCCAAUGCCGCAGUUUUGCUUGGAGCGUAUCUCGUGCUGUUUGAGUCGUGGGAGCCCGAUGCGGCGUAUUCGCCCCUGGCACUCUUUGAACCGUACUUCCCGUUUCGAGACCCCACAUGUGGCAUAUCCACAUACCACCUCACAGUUCUCGACUGCAUUCAGGCAGUUGCAAAAGGCAAAAAAAUUGGGUGGAUUGACUUCAGCACUUUCAACCUGGAAGAGUACGAGUAUUUCGAACAAGUGGAGAAUGGCGACCUCAACUGGAUUGUCCCUAACAAACUGGUUGCCUUUAGUGGCCCUGCACCAAGGCGUUCCCAGAUGUAUGGGUAUCGAAGCCUUGUGCCCGAGGACUACAUUGAGUACUUCAAGAGGGUGGGCGUUGUUGCUGUUGUUAGACUAAACAAGCGGCUGUAUGACAGGCGACGCUUCACAGACCACGGCAUUAAUCACUACGACCUCUACUUCCCGGAUGGCAGCUGUCCUCCUGAGCGGAUUGUCCAAAGAUUUAUGGAGAUUGUAGAGGAAACUGCCGGGGCCAUAGCUGUCCACUGCAAGGCAGGGCUGGGUAGAACUGGAGUCCUGAUUGGGUGCUACAUAAUGAAGCACUUUAGAUUCACGUGCAAUGAGGUGUUGGGCUACUUGCGAUUAACGAGGCCAGGGAGUGUCAUUGGGCCUCAGCAACAUUUUCUCAGAGACAUGCAAGCUCGCAUGUGGAAGGCUGGUGAUGGAUUACGACGUCACAGAUCUGAUGGGAGCAGCAGGAGCAAGACUAGCAGCGGGAGCUCUCCUCUUGUGACCCUCUGGAACAAUGCCUCGGCAUGGAGCCAAGGGAAAGGAAGCCUGUUUCCCACCAAAACAUCGCCAACCAGUCCCGCGCUGAAGAGAGUAACGACCGAGAGCAUUGAAACGACUAGCUCGGGUGGGCGGCAACUGGUAUGGGAACAGUCCAAGCACAGGGCGUCGACCGAGUCAACCAAGAGUAGCCGGAGGAGCAGCCACCAGCACGAGGUAUAUAGAGCACCGUCCACCCGACUCCAGGAUGUAUCCACUGGAUCAUACCGGUCGCCAAACAAGGCCAGGACAGGGAAUAGCGGAGGCAUUGAAACUGCAAUCGGGGGCCUCUCAAUGGCAGACCCUCUGAGUCAAAUGAGGAAGGCUUGCGUCAACGAGGAUAGUGACAACGCGUGCGAGUCCGCGUCCACGGCCAGCAACGAGCCUCCCGUCAUGAUAGGCCUCGCUGACAGCGUGGGAGGCAUACUCAGGAACGCGGCAAACUUCUCGGCGCGCAGCCAAACAGCUGCAGACCCGGUUUGCACACACCGCACCCUCAAUGCUGCAGGCCAGCCCAGAAAGGUGGUGGUUCCGCUGGGACAACAGAGCAGCAGCACCAAGUCACGGGAAUCGUCACCGCUGCGAAGGAAAUCGCCACUGCGGCAGAGCAAGAGCGCAUAUGACCAUCUGUCAUACGGCUAGCGGCUAGCAGCUCCGAAUGUAACACGCAAACAGAAGUGUGAAUAAAAGCGUUCCCACGUCA